ACUUCCAUCAUAAUUCUUCAGGGAAACCCAACAGGGACGCUGUUCCUUUACAGUUACAUGGGCUGACAUUGUCCAAUUGGAGCAGCACCUGCCUCCUUCCUACCUGCGGCACUUGCUAAAUAUAGCUGUGACUCCUCUGGCUGGUCAAACUCAGCAGCCUCCAGAUGCAUCAACUUUUGUAAUCUGAUCCUGACACAGUAUGCUUCCCAUUGUGUGCUGUCCUCCACUCUGCAACACUAUACACACAUAUGGUGCAUGUAAGCGUACACACACCAUGCUACCCCACUCACUGACACAAUAUCCUGCAAGAAAGACACAUAAACAAUAAGAUGCUCUUACCACCAUGCUACUGUCAAAUAUAUAUGUUUUGACAUUCUUAAAUGAAAGUGCCUCUACAUCAAUGUUGAAAUGUGUGACCUUAUGGAAAGGCUUUCAGAUAUACAUGAUUAUAUAUACUUUUAUUUCUUAAUUCACUUUCUGUUCACUGUCUCCACUGCAUUAUUCCAGAAUUAUGUGGAUUCAUGCCAGGAACUAUUUAAAGUAUUUUCUGUUCCUGCUGAAAGUUGCCUUCAGAGGACUAUUUGAAGUUUGUUUCUGUUCCCAUUCUAAAGUAUCUGUCCAAAUGUUUUCAUUUUCACUGGUUGUUUUGCGGAGCUGGAGGUGUGAAAAUGUUGACAAAAGUGUGCAUGUCCUUUCAUUCUCAUGUUCUCCUUUGUGUGAGGAUUUCUCUGCAUGGUUGCCAGGUGUGAUGGCUCCAUUCAUCUGUGCUGCACUAAUCCUUCGGAUACUGUGUCAGGCAUGACCCUCGUUUCCCCCAGCAAACUAAUCUAAUUCCUACACUUACCCCACCACUUGUUUUGCUGCAAAAAAGCAAGACACAUUUGCAAAGUUAUGAGGUUAUUAUAUUAUUAUAUUAUUAUUAUCUUGAGCUUGGUUCGGUUUUCAUUUUCGCAUCCCUGCAAGCCUUUUUGUUUGUUUUGACAGGAAGUACAAAAUGGUUGGACAACAAAGAAGCAGGAGAUUCCACUAUUACAAUGGUACACUGGAAAAUAGUAAGUGAUAAAAGACAGGAUACCCUGCUCAAAAAAUUCAGUUUGUCUUGUGAGUUGUGAUAAUCCAAGUCGUAAUAUUCCAUAUUCACUAUUUAUGCCAAAAAUUGGCUGAGUUACUUAACCACCCAUUAGGAUGACAUCUGAGGGUAACGAUAACAUUUAACUUUACAAAGGAAUUCUUUCCUUGUGGUCAUAUUAUGUGUGAGUCAAUUUACUUACCACACAUUACCAUUAGUGUUUUGGUUAAUAUGUCAUCUCUGACAAGUAGUGCGAUGUGGACAGGUGGAUCUUACGUCUGUCUUUUUAGCAGGUAGCAGGUGUCUGAUGCGUAAACAGAGAAGGUUAAGAGGAGAAAGGGGGAUGGAUAGGGAGAAGAGGGGCAACAGGUGGAAGGAGGGGGAGAGGUGAAAUGGGUGGAGUAAAGGAUGUAUUUAAGAAGCUGUUGUCCACAUGCUCCCUAUCAGACGCUACUUCCCUCUCUCUCCGCACCUGACCAACAGGCCAGCACUUCACCUCCGCUCAGAAUGUCUUUGCCCAACUCAGAGAAUGCCUCCACCCUGGAGAAUGCCAUGCAGCUCAUGAUCCAGACCUUCCAUAAGUACUCUGGAAAUGAGGGGGACAAAUACACACUGAGCAGGGCUGAGCUCAAAGAGAUGCUUACAGCAGAGCUUGGCAACUACCUGGGGAAUGCUCAGGACAAAGAGGCGGUGGAUAAGGUCAUGGGAGACCUAGAUUCUAACAACGAUGGAGAGGUAGAUUUUACUGAGUUCAUCAUACUGGUUGGGGCUCUUACUGUGGCCUGCAACGACUUCUUCCUGGAGUACAAUGACAAGCAGGAGAAGAAGAAGUAAGUGCCUCCUCAGCACUAAGAUAUCCACUCUGCAAAUCCACAUCUACAAGCUCCAAGGAGAAAACAGUCAAGGCAGGAAAGAAGACCCACCUAGAACAUCUUAUCAUGUAAUUAAUGUGGAGAAACACACACACAUAUAACUGUUGUAAUAUAAUUGUUGGGUGUUUGUGUAUUUGCCUACAAUGCCCCACUGAAAAUGUAAUAUUGAAAUCUGAACUCAUAGUCAGCUGUCAUUGUUGCAUAAUGUGAAUAUCUGUCAUGCUUUUCUUUUCAUGCAUUUUACUACACCUUAAAGCUCAAGACUUUACCCCCCCCCACCUUGAAAAA